GCACUAUCCACUUUCCUCGUUCUCUACUAUCGAUCCCUCUCUCUGGCUCUCGCUCUCUCUCUGGCUCUCCCUCUCUCUCUGAUGCUCUCCCUUCGUUUUUUUGAACCUACAUAUCAAUACAAUUUAUUUAUGGACACUAAUUGGUAAACAAUUUUACUUAAUACAUUGCAUAUUAUAUUUCUUAAAAAAUUAUUAUUUUUUGGUUUAAAAUUAAAAACUAACAAAUUUAAAAAUACAGUUAUACAUACAUGCGUACCAUAAAAAAGAGAGAUGAGAGAGAGAGAGGUAGAGAGAGAGUGAGGAACCAUGGACUAAGGGCUUGGGAUAGGAGGAAAGCACAAAGCAAGAGCAAGUUUAGAAGCCAGGGACGAGGAGGUUUUACACAUGGAAAUCAGAUUGCGAAAGGACAAAGGAAGAGAGAUGAAGGAGCAAGACUUUUCGAUCCCAAGGUCUAUGAUCAGGGAGUUGUUGAUGAAAUAGUGCUAGAGGAUCAGCUGGAUAGGAUUGUGGUUGACAACGUGAAGUUGAGAGUAAAUCAACCAAGAUUUGGUAAAAGCACGAGAAGUAUGCAGUGUGAAACGGAAACAAAAACUACCAUCGCACGAAAUGAAAGAGACAAAAGAAGCUUCAUAGAAGUGGUAGGAGGUGCGUUGAUCCCAGAGGAGAAGAAGAAUGUAAAGGGUGGACCUUCUACAGCAAGGAAAAUGAAUAAGGGAGAAUGGAAAGGAGAAGUUCACGCAAUGGAGAUGGUCCCACUACUUUACGAGAAAUUAUUGAUGGAAGGCAUCUUUUGGGUUAGAACUCGCACAAUGGGUAGCAAGCUUGUAUUGUUAGGUGCUAAAGACAAGGAAGAACUCAAGGACCUUGUGGAAAUAGGAAGGAUUGGCUUGGAUAGUGAUGAAGACGCAUGGUCUAGGGAUAGUGAACUAGGAGAGUUACAGAGGGGUGAAUGCUUUCAAAUCCAAGAAGAUGUUGGUGAUGUUGAUGAGACGGUUUACAGGGAUUGAGAGAAAGAAAGACAAUCUACUUUU